UUCUUAGUUAGUAUCAUGGCCGCUACUGCUACCUCGUGUCGUUCUCCAUUGUGUGCGCUUGUCAUUCUGGUCAUACUCGUUUCAAGCGGUCAGCCUUCAUUCGCAGUGUUCCAGGCAUCAAGUCCGGAUAAAGGACUGACGUCGGAAGAGGGCGCUGCUGUUUACGUUAAGCUGAUCAAUCUGCUGAACUUGGAUAAAGAUUGGUAUGACAGCGGAUUCUCCUUUGCAGAUGUCCACACCAUGAAUGGCAAGCGCGUCGCCUUGAGAUAUAAGCGUUGGACUCAGGACUGCACCGUUGGCACCUGGGAGAGCGCCACGAGAGGUUUGGUGGUGGAAGAUUUCAGAACAACCGUGCCAUAUCUGAGGCCCUUUCUACUGGAAGGCUUCUCUUGGGCUGCCGUCUCAAAUGGCUACGCCUGGAUCGAUUACUUUCUCUUCCCGGAUGAAGCCACGCUUGAAUUGCCUUCAUCAACAUCGCUACUGAAUGUAAGUGUUGCGAGGAAUGGGGAUUAUGAUUUAAUUGCUUCGUCUUCUUCUUUACCCAGAGCUCGUAUGUCAACUGUGUCGAGAUAUUCCCCUGUUGACAAGACGGGCUUUGUGGACUGUCCCGUCUUGCCUUUCGCAUUGCUGAGCCAUCUCAACGGCAUUUGGGACGUUCUCCACGAGGGGGAGUACUUGACAUCUGCGAACAAGAGAAUACAACUCACAAUGCAGAGCGACUGUAAUCUUGUGUUGAAAGAUACACAGAGUAAUCGAAUGCUGUGGAGCACCGAUACUGCAGGGAGGGGGAGUGGUUGCUUUCUACGCCUUCAAACCGAGGCCAACUUAGUUGUAUAUACCCACGCCGGUGCUCCAGUGUGGGCCAUUAACCAAGGGUGUGGGUGUGUCAAGUUUAGCUCCUUGGUUAUUCAGGAUGAUGGUAACCUGGUAGUAUUUCGUAGUGAGAACAACAAGCUUAACCAAGUUUGGGCUACAAACACCAAUGUAUGACUGAACCCUUCACAUGACUCGCCCUCUCAUCUCUUUCGACUGCAUCUAAUAAUUUGUAUGUUUUCCUGUUUCUCACUGUGGGGUGUGCUUAUAUUCAGUUUCUGUCUCUCCUUCACCGCACUAGCAUGCUCUUGCCAGUCUAUGCUAUUUUAUUACUACUAAAUAAUAUGAGGGGGAGCUACUAUAGCCAGUUUGGCUGCCUUUGAAUUA